AUGCCUGCGCCCACAGCGCUCCUCCAGUCGACUGCGGCCUCCGAAAACACCGCCAUUCCCAUCCAGACCGAGCAGGAGGAGGAGCUCAUUCUCGACAUUCAAGAUGCCACCGGCCUGACAGACCCAGCUGCUGCCGCGCCCCCACCAAAUGGCGAGGAGAGUGAGAUGGUGGUCGACGAGGAGGGACGACCGAGGUUUGCGCCAGGGAAAGAUGUGGAUCCUGUCCGUCGUGUAGAGACAAGAAAGAUCCCUAUUCCACCAAAUCGCAUGUCUGCUCUCAAGAGCAAUUGGACAAAGAUUUAUCCCCCGCUCGUGGACCACUGCAAGCUCCAGGUGCGCAUGAACAUCAAGGACAAGCGCGUAGAGCUCCGAUCCAACAGGGCCACCGUCAGCAACGAGGCUCUCCAGAUGGGCGCUGACUUCAUCUCGGCGUUCGCCAUGGGGUUCGAUAUUGACGAUGCGAUUGCCCUGCUCCGCCUCGAUUCGCUCUACAUUCAGUCAUUCGAUAUCAAGGAUGUGAAGCAAACGCUUGGGCCUGACGCGCUCGGACGUGCUAUCGGUCGUAUUGCAGGCAAGGACGGGAAGAUGAAGUUUGCGAUUGAGAAUGCCACAAAGACACGCGUGGUGCUUGCUGGGUCAAGGGUGCAUAUUCUCGGUGCGUUUGAGAAUAUUGGCAUGGCUCGCGAAAGCAUCGUUUCAUUGGUGCUUGGUCAACAACCGGGCAAGGCCUUCAACAGUCUGAGAAUUAUUGCUGGGAGAAUGAAGGAGAGAUUUUAG